AUGAAAGUCAAAGCAGAGCCUUGUGUGUUUUUUGUUAAAGGGAUGACUGCGGACGAGGAGUAUGAGCUGGUGAGCAUGCAGGCAUCAAGGCCCGCAAAGAAGACAGGAGGAAAGAUAGGAGGCAACCGUCUCAUUGUGUCUGGAAGCAGACUGUUUGAAGAGACUGUGCUUGGAGCUGCUGACCUUGUAUAUGUGGAUUCUGAUGAGGGGAUUUUCAAUAUGCUGAUGUGCCUCACACGGCUACCACCGUUUUACAACUUUUUAGUGAAUUUUGGCGACAGGUGCCAGGAGAAGACGCAGUGCCCAGUGCUGAGCAGGAUACUGAAGUUUUUUGAGUUGCUUAAGAGCAGCAAGCAUGCAGAUGUGGAUGAUUUACUGAUGACUGCAGAUAGCGCGGAGUAUGAGGACAUCUACACAGAGCUGAUGAAGGCGAUACAUGAUGAGAUGUGUGGAUUGUACAACUUUGAGGAGGAUGUGUGGAAUACAUCGAAAAAGGGGCAGAUCGUGAGGUCGAAGAUGAUAUACCCAGAGUACUCACCAAUAGUGGAGAUGUUCCAAGGAAAGGCGAUUGUGCAUGGCAUGCAGCAGGAGGUGUGGUUUGAGAAGAUUGGGCUGUGCAUUAAUGACUCUGGCAGUGUACAAGAUGCAUUUGAUCUGUUUGUAGAGGGCAUGAAGUGGAGUAUAACCAAGAUGCCGCCUGUAUUUGUUGUAGUAGUGAAGGAGAUGAGGAAGAAUAGUGGCAAGCUGGAUAUGAACCUGAAAGCUGGUAAGCAUCUGUACAGUCUUCGUUCGUUUAUAACAAAAAGAAAUGGGACGAGCCAGUGCUAUGUACUUGGUGAGAGUCUAUGGUAUAGAUAUGACAGCAGCGGGGUGAGUGCUUUUUCUAGUAUUGGUCGUGAUGUGUGCAAGGAUGUGUGCAUGCUGUUUUAUUCAGGAUAUGAAUAG